CGUACUAUAGUUUUAUAAAAUGAAGAUCACUCGAUAUAAAAAGGUCCAGAAAUACUUAAAGUUCUACUACAAUAACUUUGGUUUCCACCAGCCGUAUCAAGUUUUGCUGGACGGCACAUUUUGUUUUGCUGCUUUCAAAGAACAAAUAAACAUAAGAGAACAAAUCCCAAAAUAUUUGAACUCACAAGCUAAAUUAUUGACCACAAGAUGUAUAAUAAUAGAAACAGAGAAAAUUGCAAAAAAGACCCAUGGAGCCCUAACUAUAUUGAAGCAAUUUGGCAUACAUGAAUGUAAUCAUAAGGAGCCUAUUGGAGGUUCUAACUGUAUAUUGUCUAUGGUAGGUCGGAAGAAUGACAAGCACUACAUACUGGCAACACAGGACAGGGACUUACAGGACAAAAUGAGAGAAAGAGCUGGUGUUCCACUUCUGUACCUCCAUAACAAAUCUCCGACACUAGAAAAGCCUUCACCGGCAAGCAAUGCUAAAGCAGGCCAAAGCUUGGAAGGGAACCCUAAUUUAUUUAUCACUGAAACUCAAAAUGAGGCAUUGCAAACUAUGAAAAAAGUCCUUGGAGUAGAAGAAAAAGUUGAGGAACGGAAAAUUCCUAUUAGAAAGAAGAAACAGCAUAAUCCUAAUCCUCUGUCCUGUAAAAAGAAGAAGAAGAAAGGACCAGUUAAUAAUAAUAAGAGUAAAGGGGAGAGUGUGAGUGAAGGUAAAGUUAGGAAAAGAAAGAAGAAAAAGUUGCCACAACAUCUGAAAGAGCAGUUGAAGGCUGCUGCUACUAGUAGUUAAUAAAAGUUUUUAUAAUUAAA